AUGGAAGAGGUACGAGACAGGGAUGUGGGCGACGUGUUAGGGUUGCUCGAGAGUCCCCAAGAUGAAGUUGUCCAGGAAGUGAGAUCAAUUCUGAAGGACACUCUUGCCACCACACGAGAGGGAUGGCUCAUCUCAGGCUUGCUAGAGUAUUUUUUUGUAUCAAACAGUGGCCGCCUCCUUGAUAUUGUUUUGGGUGUGACAGAGCCACAUGACCGCCAUCUCCUUGAACGUAUAGCAGAAGGGUUGAAAGGGGCAGACCGCUUCCGUUAUACUUGCCUCUUGUUAUAUGCUGUACGCAGGCAGCCACCACCCAUGUGGUUGAGGAAGUUGUUGCAACAUGGGGCAAUGCGAGAGCUGCUCCACACCCUUGCAACAGAUGAAGAUGUUCCUGUCCUGCUAUUUCCACGAGUACAUAAUGAGCAAUCCUUUACUCAGGCUAUUUUCCAACGAGGUCAUAUUUGA